GGAAAAUUGGAAUACUAAUGAGGAAAAUCAAAUUUGGAGCAUGUGGAGUAAAGAGGUUGUGGGAAAAAUAUCGUGCAUGGAAAAUGUUGAAGGGGUAUUUGCAUUAGGAACAUUAUUGGCGAUUGAGCUAAAGGACGUUCAUAAAAGAGGUUAUUCAUCGGAUGCUUCAUCAACGAUUAUAAAUCAACUUUCAAGCGAUUCUGACGAUAUUUCAAUAUUAGCAAGACCUUUAGGAAAUGUCAUUUAUUUUAUGACUUCAAUGAUUAGUGAUAUUGAAAGUAUUAGAAAAAUGGAAGAAAAAAUUUUAAAUUGUUUAAAUAAAAAUUUAUAA